UUGAGACUCGCUAAGUUUGCCCAACUGAAAAGCCUCGGGGCACUUUUAGAAAAGAAAAAAAAUCAAUACAUACAGAAUAUGUUUAUAUAGCUCUCCAAUUACAAUGGCGAAUUCCUCUAGAAGGCUGAGAUCGGCGUUUGAGAGGUCAAUCUCACCCACCGGCCGGUGCUGUAACACCAUGGCGGCAACUGAUGCGACGUCGUUCGCUUCGUACAGGACCUCUAGCUUUUAUUCGUCUCCAUCGGCAGGUUGUUUCAACCGUUCGGCUUCUCCGACGCGCGUGAAUCUCCACGCGCUGGCGCCGGUGAAUUCUACGCCUAGCGUUAAGUUCUUCAUCGACAGAUCUAGCUCUCCUCGCCGUUCCGUGGCAGUGUCUCAGCGUGAUCAGGUGGUUCGGAAGCAGAUUCCGAAAAGGACGUGCUUGUGCUCUCCGACGACGCAUCCUGGUUCGUUCAGGUGUAGUAUGCAUAAGAAUAUGAGAAAUACUCCUUCGAUUUCGUAUUCGCCUAGUCGAUUGAAUGCUCGGCGAUCGGCGAUGACGAACUCACUGGUGCGGAUCUGGUCUGUUGAAGGUGAUUUAGUAAAGCGAGCUCUGGCAGCUCUUAUUAGGCCUUCUUCGCAUCAUCAGAGACGUCGAGGUGACUUUCAACCGCGUCCUAGCCGGCUUUCCAGAAUGUCCAAAGUAUAACCUAUGAAAAAGUUUCCGUUUCCGUUUCCGUUGUUACAGGUUGGUGAAUUUCAUAUAUUAUCUGAAGCUCAUCUCCUGAGUUUUCCGGCGAUGGCGUCAGAUUCCGGCUGCUGUUUUUACUACUCCGACGAAAAGGAAGCUAUGGCAAUUUUGAUACAUUACGGAAGUAGUAUAAUUCUCCCUUGUACAUAUGGAUUUGCAGUAACUGAUGCAAUUGAAGGACAAUUUGGACUUAAAUUCCAUAAAAAUAACCAGGAAAUUGAAUUUGAUUAAAUUUGAACUAAAACAUCAUAAGGCAUUGGAUAUGGUUGAGAAAUCUGUGUUUGGCGUUUUAGGUGUUUAGUGGAGUGGUGUGACUUGUUUCGUUUUUUGUGUUCGUUCGCAGCUUUUGUGUUUCCCGUCGUGUUUGGCGUUCAUCGUUCCAUUAUGCUUUGGCGUUUCCCGUUCGUUCGCCGUAUCUGCGAUCGACGUGCUUUAGCAUCUGUUCAUCAUCUUUCGUCCAAGGUUUGGGUUUCAUAUUCAGGUUUGGUAUUUUACCUUGACUCGGAAUCCAUGGAUGGGAGAUGGAAGAUGGAUGUUAAAUUCAAGUGAUAAUGAAAUAAACUCCGGAAGAAUCUUUUGAUAAAAAUGAAAAUAAUAGUAAAGGCUAAAGCGGUAAAAUAUAAUGACACAAGUGAGAAGGAUGAAGUGUAAGGAGUACCAAAAAUCAUCAAAAAUAUUUUUUUUUUCUACGCCAAAUAGUCUAAUAGACGAAUCCUUAUUUUAGGUGAGUUAGAGAAGUUGUUCACUAUCAUAUGUGAGUUAGAGAUACAUCCAGAAAAAGAAGAAAAAAACUAAGAUAAAAUUGCGAAAAAAGAACUAAAACAGAAAAAUCUAAGGGAAAUUAAUUAAGGGAAUACCGAUAUUAAUAAAAGCAACAAAAUGGGAGACAGACUGGACGUUGGUGUCUAUGGCCUAUUUUUCUGAGAAUUUUUUUUUUGAGUGAGACUCAACCAAAAAAACUUUUACGAGGCUCUACUUAUCAGACAAAUGGAAAAGUGGGUCCUGCAUGGCAGGCGUUUAUCUCUGGCACUAACGUAUUCCCAUUUCUCCAUCCCCGUUCUCGAUCCCCUCUCUCAUCUUUUUACCAAGUUUACUAAUGGCAAAAUGAAAAAACAGUUAACUUUAGUUCUCUUCUCAUCAGUCGUCACUUUGGAGUUUCUUCCCCUCUAUCUUCUAAAUAAUUUUCUAAAAGGAACUGAACAGGUGGAUAUUUAGGGAUAUUUAGGAUCGUUUGUUCGUGAAUCAUGUAUGCUUCUCCAAAUUCAAGAGUCCAAAAAGAAGAAUGACUUAAAAUUUCUGUUUUCCUGA